UAUUUAGGGAGAAUCCGAGGCUGCUUUACGGAGAAAUUGAUAAAGGUAUCUGGCAACACUGGUGUGCAGUGAUGGGAUAUGGGAGGGAACUUCCCUAUUUCGAGGGAUCUUUUUGGCGUAAAGGGAAAAAGGGAUUUUUUUUCUAAUAUUGCAGUUUGGAAGGGAAUUUUUACAGUAGUCACUUGGUCUUAGUUUUUCUGAUAAAUUAAUAAAAAUAUGCUGUUUUUAUAAGUUUACACAAAACACUUUUCUAUACUAGAAUUGACCGCGUUCGGCAGACUCAAUAGUUGUAAGUUUUCCGUUGAGUAUUGUUUGUUGAUUGGUUGGUUCUAAAAGUAAAAACUAAUCACAUUUGAUUACUACUAAGCGGUUUGUUCUGCUGAACACAUUCAUCGAAUCGUUACCGUUUGUAUCGAUUUCAUAAAAAAUCGAAGGCGAAAAGAUCGAUCUUUCGCAAAAUCGAUUCUUUUCUGGCAAUCUUAGCCUUUACGGUCUAUACUCUACACUCUACAUAGUCGCAGCUCGCAGCAAAGUAAAUUCAAAUGUUAUUUCGUGUGAUACCCAGUGAUACCAAAGCAGUCUAUGGUCCCAGGUUCAUGUGCACAGAAUUAAUUUAAUAUGUAAGUACAUAAAUAAAUAUUGUUAAAUAAGAAAAUGUGAUUUUUUAAACAUAACCUUAAUCUAUAACCUCCAAUUUGUGUGAUGUAGCAGCUCGGCAUAGAACAAUAAUAUGAAAACGGAUACUGAAGAGAACGAAAAAAAAAACAAACUGGAACAAAAAUAGCUCAUAAAACUAAAAAGAAAGUUUUGUUAUAACUAGUUGGAGAAAGAGGAAUUUAAGCAUUGGGUAGCUCCUGUGAAAGAAAAUAACAAUUUAUGCAGAUGCAUUUGCUGCAACAAAAUUCUAGCGUGUGGAAAGACGGAACUGCAAAAACAUAAAAAAAGUUUAAUUCAUCAAAGAAACUCAAAAUUAACUAAAUCAACUACAAAAUUGGACAUACUUUUUGAUAAAGCUACCAAGGAAACAAUCAAGCAAAUGGAAAAAGAAAAACGGAUUAAAAACGCUGAAAUAAUUUUGUCAAGUUUUAUAGCAGAUCAUAACAUAGCAUUCUGUAAUGUAGAACAUCUAGUUGCCAAUGUUAAGAAAUGCUUUUCCAGAUUCCCAAAUUUUGAAAGAUGUACAGUUACAUCGAAAAAAAUGCACAUAUAUUAUCAAAAAUGUUAUAGCCAAAGUUGAAACCGAAAAUUUGAUAAAUAUUUUAAAAACUGAAAAUUUUUCAAUACUGAUAGAUGAAAGCACCGACAUAUCUACUCGGAAGAAUUUGUGCAUUUUAGUGCAAUAUAUUCAUUCGCAAAAUCAACAGGUUCAAGUGCAACUUUUGGAACUUUUGUAUAUAGAUGCAACUGAUGGCUCAUCUGAAAAAAUAUAUCAGACUUUCAAAAAUUAUGUGGAAGAAAAAGGUAUUCCCCUAAAAAAUAUUGUUGAUUUAGCGUGUGACGGAGCCGCAGUUAUGGUUAGAAAAAAUAAUUCUUUUUAUACGCAGUUGAAACAUGAUGUACCUCAUGUUAUUCUCUUGAAGUGUAUUUGCCACUCAGCGGCUUUAGUUGCCAGCAAAGCAUGUAAAAAAUUGCCAAACAUCUUGGAAGAUUUAAUGAAAAAUAUUUAUUUAUAUGUAAGUGGAAGUUCAAAGCGCUGUCAACAAUUAGAAAAGAUGCAAACUUAUUUUUUACAAAAACAUUAUAAGAUUCUGAAACUCGGCACAAGAUAGUUGUUUACACAUCAAUGCGUAGAAAGACUUUUGUUAAACUGGGAUGUAUUGAUAGCGUACUUUAGUGUAGCUGUGUUCGAAGACAAUCUGAAUUCUGCUCGAACUGUUUUAGAAUCUCUUCGGAGUACCAAAAUAAAAUGUUAUUUCCUUUUUCUAAAAUUUGUACUGAAUUACAUGAAUGAAUUCAAUGCUUUAUUUCAAAGCAAAACUUCUUUAAUAACUGUUUUAAAGAAAGAAAGCAUAAAGUUAUUUUUAAAAAUUUGUCAAAAUUUCAUAAAAUCGUCUUUAUUGAAAGAGGGCUAUUUAACUAGUAAUAUUUUGCAUUCCACAAAUUAUUUGCCGAUUAAUAAAAUUUGUAUUGGACAUGAAUGUAAGUCACUAUUAUCCACAUUAACACUAAAUGAUCAAAAUAAAGUUCGCUUAAAUAUUUUGUCAUUUUAUGUUACUAGUGCUCAAGAAUUAAUCAAUCGAUUGCCUAUUAAUAGCGCAUUGUUUUCUGAAUUUGAAUUUGUUAUACCGUCUUGCUUUAGAAGCGCAUAAAAGUGAUAUUCUGAUCAACCUUGAGAAUAUAUGUAAUAUAUAUAAAAGUUUUGUUGAUAUCAAUUUUGUAAAAUAUGAAUGGAGAAAUUUGCCAUUCUAUUUUACUCAAAAUGAAAAAGAAAAAUUAACUUAACUUCCUGCAAUUGAAUUUUGGCUUGAAUUACAAAAAGUACAAGAUUUUUCAGGUAAAUAUUUGUUUAAACAUAUAGCAAAAAUAGCACUUAUUGUUUUAACGCUACCACAUUCAAAUGCAGAAGCAGAAAGGGUGUUUUCAGUAGUUACUGAUAUAAAAACAAAAAAAAAGAAAUAA